AUGAGCUAUCCAGCAAAGAUUCUGCUCAUCAAAUUAGUGAGGCAACAUGAAUCUAUUUGGAAUACCAGAUCCCCUGACUAUUCUCGAACGGAUGUUAAACUGCGUGCAUGGACUGACAUCGCGGAACGGAUGCGGGCCAAUGGAUUUGUGGCAGAAGUUGGUAGACUGAAGGUGAUGUGGAAAAAUCUUCGAGACCAGUGGAAACGGAAUAUAGCUCUAAAAAUGCCACCUGAUAGAGAGUGGUAUUUUCAGCGUCGUAUCAACUUUCUUGCGGACACGUAUGAGGGAGGGGUACGUGCUCAUUGCUCACACUACGACAUGGACUCUCCGAAAGCCAGUCCGGAUGCCCUCAGGCCAGAAGAGUAUAGCUACUUUGACCACGACUAUUCAAUCGAAGGAAGCUCUAUGAUGCGUGAACUUUCACCGACUCGCACCACAGAACCGAAAUCAGAGAUGCGCGACGAUGGUACUGCGUGUGGUCCUACCGUGAUCACUAUCAUAGACGAGAAUUCUGAUCAAAAAGUGUCUACAGUAAAGAAGGCGACUAAAGAGAUGAAGCAAAGUGAUAACAAUCCAGGCAUCGCCAUUGUUUCCUCUGAAAGGUCAGCACCUACUCCACCGCCAGCAAAGCGGCCCCGAACUGAGGAAAAAAAUGAAGGUACGAUGUGA